AUGGCGGUGCGCUCCAGGACGGGCUACUACCGGCAGGAGGUGAACCGGACGGUGUGGGAGGUUCCGGAGAGGUACCGGGACCUGAAGCAGGUCGGGACGGGAGCUUACGGGACAGUGAGUUCUGCGUGGGACCGCCGCACAGGGAUGCAGGUGGCCAUCAAAAAGCUGCAGCGGCCCUUCCAGUCCAAGCUUUUCGCCAAAAGGGCCUACAGAGAGCUGCGACUCCUCAAACACAUGAAGCAUGAAAAUGUGAUUGGACUGAUGGAUGUUUUCACCGCUGAGAUCUCAUUGGACCGGCUUCGAGAUUUUUACCUGGUGAUGCCGUUCAUGGGCACAGACCUUGGCAAGCUGAUGAAGCUGGAGAGGUUGUCCGAGGACAGAGUGCAGUUCCUCAUCUAUCAGAUGAUGAGAGGACUCAAGUAUAUCCACUCCGCAGGGAUCAUCCACAGGGACCUUAAACCUGGGAAUUUAGCCAUUAACCCGGACUGUGAGUUAAAGAUUCUUGACUUUGGCCUGGCGAGACAGGCGGACACUGAGAUGACCGGCUACGUGGUGACGCGCUGGUACAGGGCGCCCGAGGUCAUACUGAACUGGAUGCACUACACGCAAACAGUUGAUAUCUGGUCUGCAGGCUGCAUCAUGGCAGAGAUGCUGCUGGGAAAGCCGCUGUUCAAGGGAAGCGAUCACCUGGACCAGCUCCGAGAAAUCAUGAAGAUCACAGGAACCCCAGCUGCCGACUUCGUUGUGAAGCUGCAGAGCCAAGAUGCCAAAAACUACAUCAGAAGUCUGCCAAAAGUACCAAAGAAAGAUUUGGAUGUUAUUUUCUCCAAAGCCAGCUCCAAUGCCGUGGGCGUCCUGGAGAAGAUGCUGCUCCUGGACCCUGAGCGGAGGGUGAGUGCCUCCGAGGCCCUGGACCUGCCUUUCUUCAGCGAGUUCAGAGACACAGAGGAGGAGACCGAGGCGCUGCCCUAUGAUCAGACCAUGGACAACACAGACCUGCCGCUGGACCAGUGGAAACGUCACACCUUCACAGAGAUCCUGACCUUCAGACCGACCAGGGACUCGAAGGAGACGUCACUUUAA